ACCAGUCCUGGAACUAACAGAAACCCAGCGCUACAAAUGGCUAUUUCUAACAAGUUCAGUUUCACUGUGAGAAGUAUUUUAGAUUUGCCAGAAAAUGACACUGAGAGCAUCGCGCACCAUUCUCCAGAGGACCCCUUCUCCGUCUCACCUUACUCGUCCUGGACUGAAAACGAGAGAGGACAUAUAUCGUCAGACGAGAGCAAUCUUGAGGCUUCACCAGACUCCACCGGACCAGACGUGCUUUCAGUGGAUACAGAGCAUGAAAAGCGGAAGAAGCGUCGCGUGUUGUUCUCCAAGGCUCAGACGUAUGAACUGGAGAGACGCUUUCGUCAGCAGCGGUACCUAUCCGCUCCAGAACGAGAGCAACUCGCGCACCUGCUACGCCUCACGCCCACGCAGGUGAAGAUCUGGUUCCAAAACCACAGAUACAAGAUGAAGAGAGCGCGGAUAGAGUGCGCUCAGGACCUCAAUCAGCCUCCAGUGCUGCGCAGAGUCGUGGUGCCCAUUUUGGUCCGAGAUGGCAAACCGUAUCAGAACUGCACUAUUGAUGCAGAAAAAGGAAGCUGCAUCGUUCCACCAACAGUACCAUCCUCACCCUUCAGCGUUCAGGGUUUCCAGUCUUUACAGCAGCAAACGCCCUUUGCGCUUUUCCCCACAUACCGGCACUUUACCAACACAGCGGCCUCCCGUCACCACUUCUGUGUUUGGUGAGAUUCACUUAGG